AUGUCCGUGGAAAAAUAUCUCAACGCAUCCCAACAAAAGGUGUACAGAAUUCUUAGCGAUGGUUUCGACUUCCCCAAUAACGACCAGAGGCUCUGGUGGCAUAGCACAGCACCUAUGUUUGCCGAGAUGCUACAAGUUGCGAACUACGACGUGCAUGCUCAAUAUAGACACCUUACUAUCUACAAGAAGCAUGUGAUUCCAUUCUUGGGUAUCUAUCCAACAAAUGACCGUAUUCGUUGGCUAAGUAUUCUCACCCGUUACGGCACACCGUUUGAGCUAAGUAUCAAUUGCUCGGACUCGAUUGUACGGUAUACCUUCGAGCCUAUCAACUCCGAGACGGGCACAGAGGGUGAUCCUUUCAAUUCUCGUGCUAUCAUGGAGAGUCUACACCAGCUGAUGACCGUCCACCCCGGGAUUGAUCUUGAGUACUUCGACCAUUUCAAGAGGGAGUUAACUCUGAAUGUGCAGGAAUCCACUUUCCUACAUCGUAGUCCUCCAGUGGGAGUUGAUAUCUGGACCCAAAACAAGUUAGCCCUGGAUUUGAAAGGCGACAAGUUUUCCGUCAAGACUUACAUCUACCCUAGGCUCAAGGGGAUCGCCACGGGAAAAACCGUACAAGAAUUAAUUUUUGGCUCCGUUCGCAAGUUAGCCGAGAAGCAUACGAAUCUCGCACCAUCCCUGACAGUGCUAGAAGACUAUGUCGAAUCCCGCGGUCCGCAGAGUACAGCCUGUGCACGCCUUUUAUCCUGCGAUCUGGUUGGUUCUGCCAAGUCACGCAUCAAGAUCUACAUUUCGGAACAGGUUGUCUCUCUUCCUGCAAUAAAGGACCUGUGGACACUCGGUGGGCGACGAAACGAUCAGGGUACUCUCACCGGAUUCGACAUGAUCCAAGAAUUGUGGGAUCUGCUUCAGAUCCCUACCGGUGUACGGUCGUAUCCCCAAGGGUAUCUUCCACUAGGAGCGAGCCCCGACGAAUUGUUGCCUGGUAUGGCAAACUAUACUCUUUUGCCUAACAAACACGUCCCAGAGCCUCAAGUGUACUUUUGCGUGUUUGGGAUGAACGACAUGGCCGUGGCCAACGCGCUAACGACGUUCUUUACACGGCGGGGGUGGACUGACAUGGCUGAGAAGUACAAGGACAGCCUCAAAGCGUACUACCCAGAGGAAGAUCACGCGUCGUUAAACUGUCUUCAUGCAUACAUCUCAUUCUCCUAUCGCAAGAAUAGGCCGUACCUCGGCGUAUAUCUUCAGAGCUUCGAGACUGGUAAUUGGUCCAGUGGUAAGUUUCCUGCAGCUAACCUUGGGUAA